AUGGCGGAGAAGCUGACGCCAGAGCAGGUCGACGAGUGCAAGGAAAUCUUCGACCUGUUCGACGCCGACGAGGACGGCAAGUCACCAUCCCCCUCGUACUCCGAUCCACCGCGUCGCAUCGCCACGGGCGAGCUCGUGACGGCGCUGCGGUCCCUGGGCCAGAACGUGGACGAGGCGGAGGCGCGGCGCUUCCUGGAGGACGCGGGCGCCGGCGCCGGCACCAUCGACCUCGCGGCGUUCCUUGCCGUGGCGGCGCGCAAGAUGGGCGCCAGGCAGUCGGAGGAGCGCCUCGCGGAGUGCUUCGACGUGUUCGACGACGCCCGCAGUGGGUCCAUCCCCGCGGAGCAGCUGCGGCAGGUGAUGGUGAGCCACGGCGACCGGCUCACGGAGGAGGAGGCCGACGCGAUGCUCCGCGAGGCCGACCCCAGCGGCGAGGGCCGCGUCGAGUACAAGCACUACGUCAAGAACCGCCAGACCGCCAGCGGUCUGACCACCUCUCGUCUCGGCAGCUCCGAGCGGAAGGAGCUCGUCGCCGUGCUAGUCUCCAUGGCGGCCACAGCGGUGACCGUCUCCACCUCCGUGUGCACCUCCUCAUCAGGGCAUAGUAGGGGCGGUCCGAACGUGAGGCCUCAGGCCCGUCUCGCCCGUUCGCCACUACUCGGCAGGCCGCCGUCGCCGCGCCGGAGGCUGCGGACGGCCUUGGCCGCGUCGUCGGGCAAGCAAAAGCCGCCGGGCGAGGCGGAGGAGCAGGUCCCCGCGUGGGCCAAGCCCGGCGCGGACGAGCCUCCGCCCUGGGCGCGCGAUGGCGGGGCCGCGCGGGGACCGGAGGAGGCCGGGCAGGUCCCGUUCUACGCGUACCUGCUCGCGUCCGCGAUCACCGCCAUCGCCGCGAUCGGCUCCAUCUUCGAGUACACCAACCAGCGGCCGGUGUUCGGGAUCGUCGGCUCCGACAGCGCCCUGUACGCGCCGAUCCUGGGCUUCUUUGUCUUCACCGGCAUCCCGACCUCCGCGUUUCUGUGGUUCAAGGCCGUGCAGACGGCGAACAGAGAGGCCGAGGAGCAAGACCGCAGAGACGGAUUCCUGUGA